UCCAAACAGGAAGUGGAACUGAUGUGAAAAAGGACCCUAAUAUUAAAUUAGAUAGCUGCCGAAUAUACUGGCGACUUAAUUGAAUUUAGUUGAUUCAUUCGCACAAUGAAUAGUGUCCAUUUACUAGUAGUAGACUAAGUGAUUUAUACCCGUAUUCGGUUUGGGUCGCUUGUCAGUUUCAGUCUGGCUGAACUGGCUCGAGAUGGCAGACGAGGCUCUCUUUCAGUUUCUGCACAGUGAAAUUAUUCAAUAUGUCAACACUGCAGAAACUGGGGAAUCGGAGAAUGGACGAUGUGUUUCUAAACUUGAGAACAUGGGCUUUCGUGUGGGACAAGGACUUAUCGAGAGGUUUACCAAAGACACGCCACGUUUUAAAGAUGAGCUCGAUGUUAUGAAGUUUAUCUGCAAAGAUUUCUGGACCAGUGUUUUUAAGAAGCAAAUUGACAACCUGAGAACAAACCACCAGGGUAUUUAUGUGCUACAAGAUAACAAGUUUCGUCUGCUGACCCAACUGUCUGCUGGAAAACAGUAUCUGGAACAUGCGCCGAAGUUCUUAGCCUUCACCUGUGGACUGGUCCGAGGAGCUCUUUCAAAUCUUGGUGUGAAAAGUAUAGUCACAGCGGAAGUAUCAGUCAUGCCUGCUUGCAAAUUCCAGGUGAUGAUCCAGAAGAUGUAAUUCACUACACAGAAGCGUAUUGCUUAUAACAUGUGCAUCUCAAUUUUAUUGCCUUGUCAUUUUUAUAUUCCCUUGCCCAUUUUAUUGUCACUGAUAUUUAUUUUAUUUGCAAUAUCUUGCAAACUACUGGCAUUUAAAGUGAUUUGACAUACAAAGGUCAAGCCUUAUUGUACUGUAUUGUGCUAGUAUUUUGACAUGCAUUAUUCUUUGUCCACAUUCACUGUUUUGGUUAUUAAUUUGCACUGAUAACAUUAAAGCUGGAAUCCUA